UCCGGCAGCAGGAGGCAGCAGAGGAAGCCGAGGGGCGGCCAUCUUGAGUCCGUGAGGCUCCGAGGUGCCGGGGUGCGGAGGCGGCGGCGGCAGAGGUAGCGGCAGCCGCUAGGGCGGAGGCUGAGGCAGCAAGCUCGCUGGAGAGGGAGAAGCAGCUUGGCGCAGGCGUCUUCUCCGCAGGCCGCUCCAUGGUCGGCGCCUACAGCCCGCGGCGGCCUGUCUUGCGCUCCACUUCCUUCACAUCCUCCUCUGCCUCCUGUUUUUCAAGGGCCGCCGGCGGCGCUGUGUGGAGGCCCGCGAGCUGAAAUUCGCGGCGCGACGGGCGGGAGUGCAGAAGGAGGCCAGGGGGCCGGGGCUCGCGGGGCGCCCAGAGACGAGGGGACGCCGGCGGGCGGAAGCGCAGCACGCCGCCCGCAGCCUCAGCCCCGCCACUGCCGCCCUCCCGGGCUCCUCGCCGCGGCCGCCGGGGCAGGGAGAGAAUGAGCCCCGGUACCCGCCGGGGUACGGCCCGGGCCAGGCCCGGGAUCUAGACAGCCGUAGGGGGAAGGGAGCCGCCCUCCCCACGGCGCCGCUCCAGAACUGCCGUGGACUCGAGGACGCUGGUCGCCGGCCUUCUGGGGCUGUGCUGUUUUGUUUUCACCCUCGCAUUGUGCAGAAUUAAAGUGCAGUAAAAUGUCCACUAGGACCCCAUUGCCAACAGUGAAUGAACGAGACACUGAAAACCACACGUCACAUGGAGAUGGGCGUCAAGAAGUUACCUCUCGCACCAGCCGCUCAGGAGCUCGGUGUAGAAACUCUAUAGCUUCCUGUGCAGAUGAACAGCCUCACAUCGGAAACUACAGACUGUUGAAAACAAUCGGCAAGGGGAAUUUUGCAAAAGUAAAAUUGGCAAGACAUAUCCUUACAGGCAGAGAGGUUGCAAUAAAAAUAAUUGACAAAACUCAGUUGAAUCCAACAAGUCUACAAAAGCUCUUCAGAGAAGUAAGAAUAAUGAAGAUUUUAAACCAUCCCAAUAUAGUGAAGUUAUUCGAAGUCAUUGAAACUGAAAAAACACUCUACCUAAUCAUGGAGUAUGCAAGUGGAGGUGAAGUAUUCGACUAUUUGGUUGCACAUGGCAGAAUGAAGGAAAAAGAAGCAAGAGCUAAAUUUAGACAGAUCGUGUCUGCAGUUCAAUACUGCCAUCAGAAACGGAUCGUACAUCGAGACCUCAAGGCUGAAAAUCUAUUGUUAGAUGCCGAUAUGAACAUUAAAAUAGCAGAUUUCGGUUUUAGCAAUGAAUUUACUGUUGGCAGUAAACUCGACACAUUUUGUGGCAGUCCUCCAUAUGCAGCACCGGAGCUCUUCCAGGGCAAGAAAUACGACGGGCCAGAAGUGGAUGUGUGGAGUCUGGGGGUCAUUUUAUACACACUAGUCAGUGGCUCACUUCCCUUUGAUGGGCAAAACCUAAAGGAACUGAGAGAGAGAGUAUUAAGAGGGAAAUACAGAAUUCCCUUCUACAUGUCUACAGACUGUGAAAACCUUCUCAAACGUUUCCUGGUGCUAAAUCCAAUUAAACGCGGCACUCUAGAGCAAAUCAUGAAGGACAGGUGGAUCAAUGCAGGGCAUGAAGAGGAUGAACUCAAACCGUUUGUUGAACCAGAGUUAGACAUCUCAGACCAAAAAAGAAUAGAUAUUAUGGUGGGAAUGGGAUAUUCACAAGAAGAAAUUCAAGAAUCUCUUAGUAAAAUGAAAUAUGAUGAAAUCACAGCUACAUAUUUGUUAUUGGGGAGAAAAUCUUCAGAGCUGGAUGCUAGUGAUUCCAGUUCUAGCAGCAAUCUUUCACUUGCUAAGGUUAGGCCAAGCAGUGAUCUCAACAACAGUACUGGCCAGUCUCCUCACCACAAAGUGCAGAGAAGUGUUUCUUCGAGCCAGAAGCAAAGACGCUACAGCGAUCAUGCUGGACCAGCUAUUCCUUCUGUUGUGGCGUAUCCGAAAAGGAGUCAGACCAGCACUGCAGAUAGUGACCUCAAAGAAGAUGGAAUUUCCUCCCGGAAAUCAGGUGGCAGUUCUGUUGGAGGAAAGGGAAUUGUUCCAGCCAGUCCCAUGCUUGGGAAUGCAAGUAAUCCCAAUAAGGCGGAUAUUCCUGAACACAAGAAAAGCUCCACUGUCCCUAGUAGUAACACAGCAUCUGGCGGAAUGACACGGCGAAAUACUUACGUUUGCAGUGAGAGAACUACAGCUGAUAGACACUCAGUGAUUCAGAAUGGCAAAGAAAACAGCCUGACAGAAAUGUUCGCUUACGCAGCUAGCCCUGCCUCAGUUUGUACCACAUCUACCUGUCGGCUGAGACAUCAGAAGUCGAUGUCCAUGUCAGCCUCUGGGCACCCCAAGAUGAUGUUACCUCCAAUAGACAGUGAAGGAGAUAACUUCAAGUCUAUCACUGUUCCUGAUCAGAGAACUCCAGUUGCUUCAACACACAGUAUUAGCAGUGCAGCCACCCCGGAUCGAAUCCGCUUCCCAAGAGGCACCGCCAUUCGUAGCACUUUCCACGGCCAGCCCCGGGAACGGCGAACCGCCACAUAUAAUGGCCCUCCUGCCUCUCCCAGCCUGUCCCAUGAAGCCACACCAUUGUCCCAUACUCGAAGCCGAGGCUCCACUAAUCUCUUUAGUAAAUUAACUUCAAAACUCACAAGGAGAAACAUGUCAUUCAGGUUUAUCAAAAGGCUUCCAACUGAAUAUGAGAGGAACGGGAGAUAUGAGGGCUCAAGUCGCAAUGUAUCUACUGAGCAAAAGGAUGAAAAUAAAGAAGCAAAACCUCGAUCCCUACGCUUCACCUGGAGCAUGAAAACCACUAGUUCAAUGGAUCCCGGGGACAUGAUGCGGGAAAUCCGCAAAGUGUUAGACGCCAAUAACUGCGACUAUGAGCAGAGGGAGCGCUUCUUGCUCUUCUGUGUCCACGGCGAUGGGCACGCAGAGAGCCUCGUGCAGUGGGAAAUGGAAGUAUGCAAGCUGCCAAGACUGUCUCUGAACGGGGUCCGGUUUAAGCGGAUAUCGGGGACAUCCAUAGCCUUCAAAAAUAUUGCUUCCAAAAUUGCCAAUGAGCUAAAGCUGUAACCCAGUAAUUAUGAUGUAAAUUAAGUAGCAAUUAAAGUGUUUUCCUGAACACUGAUGGAAAUGUAUAGAAUAAUAUUUAGGCAAUAAUGUCUGCAUCUUCUAAAUCAUGAUAUUAAAGUCUGAGGACGAGAGCACGCCUGGGAGCAAAAGCUGGCCUUUUUUCUACAAAUGCACUACAUUAAAGAUGUGCAACCUUUGCGCCCCCUGUCCUCCUUCCAUUGCCCUAAGAGUCAGCGUGUGGCCCCAUCUCCAUGUGCCUCCCGUCUGGGUGGGUGUGAGAGUGGACUGUGUGUGUGUGAAGUGGUCUAUAUGGAAGCAUCUCCCUACACUGGCAGCCAGUCAUUACUAGUACCUCUGCGGGAGAUCAUCUGGUGCUACAACAUUAAAAUUGCCAAGGAGGAAAAUGCUGAAUUACUGCUAAGAAUUAACCUUAAGAUUAGUUCAUAGUUAAUACAGGUUUACAGUUCAUGCCUGUGGUUUUGUGUUUGUUGUUUCGUGUGUGUUUUUUUUUUAGUGCAAAAGAUUUAUAGUUGUGAACAUUGCUUGUGUGUGUUUUUCUAAGUAGAUUCACAAGAUAAUUAAAAAUUCACUUUUUCUCAGUAAAA